GUUCUUUGAUCCUACUGUUUUAGCAUCUUUGAUAAAUUAUUUAAAUAGAAUCAGCAACCCGUUUCACAGCUGAUCAGGAAAAUUUGAUUUGACAGAAAAAAGCUCGCAGAAGUAAAAAGUACGAAAUUAAAUUGUGUUUUUAUCUGAAGUCUUCAGUAAAAUCCUGCUCGUCUGUUGGAGCCAAUAAUACAUUCAAAGCUUGAAAUUGCAUCCAUAUUUUGGAGAUUGGAUUGUUCCGGCUUGUCAAAUAAUACCACUACCAAGUCACUUGUUCGAUGAUUUAGAAGAAACCAACCUCUACAAGAUUUUUCGGCCAAAACAUCAGUGUAAUGUCUUUUUCGCUUUUGCGAUGCCUUAACCGGGGAGGGGUAAUAAAUGCCACCAAUAAUGCUACCAAACGAUCACUGCCAGCGACAUCAUCGUCUCCGAUCCUCGGUGUAGCAAGCACAGCACACUAUUCUCGACGCAGCGACCCGAAGAACCUUGAAAGUGCUUUCAAGGUGGUAAAAUCUAAGGCACGCGUCGAAGAUGAUACCGACUUUCUUGGUGGCGAAUGUGGACCGAAUUGGGAAUUGCUAGCUCCCCGAGGAAAUCGCUUUUAUUUUCCAAACGCGGUUGGUCCAGCAUGGCAAGGCGCUUCUACAACCAUCAACUUAGAGGCACCCUUAGAAUCACUAGUUAAUUUUGACGGGAAGGAAACAAUGCAAGAUACCAUGCUCGAAUUUACUGUUGGUGAAUGCCCAUCACUAAUAAGAAAAUCAUUACAUGAACUUUUUCCUGCCCCCGAAGUAGUGUCUAGUGAUAAAUUGGCUCUAAUGACUUUACGCUUUUCUGGUGAUAACGAACAAGGAGCAUGGAAGUUUUUAUUGGCUGCUCGCGAGAUUACCUCACGGCUCCGUUUGCAUGGAUAUUGGGCUGACUUUAUGAAUCCAUUCAGCGGAAAACCAUUUUAUUCUUGGGCAAACGGUAAAAAUCUCUAUAAAGUAGACGACCGCUUCAGAGGAAUUAAUAUGAAGCUUAUUAAGAAGAACGACUGCACAGUGAUCAGUACAGAAGAUGGUGAUUCUACGUUUUCCGGGGUCAUUUACACUAACGCUCCUUGUGACUACUUACAAAUUAAAUCACUUAUUGACGAACAAGUCUAGCAGGACGGCAGUGCCUCAAAGAACUGUAAAUUCAAAAUUGUUAUUACAUAUGUAUGUAGCUUCAUUAAAUGAAUAAACAAAUGUUUUAGUUUCAGACCCCUA